CUCGGGGCUGACGGCGGAACUCGGUGGCGGAGCCGCGUUUCCGGGAGGAAGGGAACUCAGGACGGACCGCGUAGCGCAUGGCAGCUGGGUUGUGCAUGGAGGCGCAGCAGUCUACAGACCAGAAGCGGCCCGAGCAGAAAUCGGGGCCUGGUGUUCGAGGUCGCGGGAACAACAAGAAGGGCAAGAAGCAGACGCCUUCCCAUGCCGGGUCUAGCGUCCCAGACCCAGAGCGGGGCCGGGGUCCUGAGGAGGUGACUCGGCCUCCGGAUCAGGAUGAGCAGCUGCGGCUCCAAAGGGAGCUGGACUGGUGUGUGGAACAGCUGGAGCUGGGCCUGAGGACUCAGAAAUCCACCCCAAAGCAGGCGGAACAGGCAGCCCGAGCAGUAAAGACGCUUCGGAGCAAUCGAGCGGAGUUGCCCAAGAAACGACAAGUGAUGCGGUCACUGUUUGGGGACUACCGGGCACGCAUGGAGGAAGAUCGGAAGGCUGCACUGAAAGCCAUGGAAGCUGCUGCUCGAUCUGCCCGGGUUCUGCCUGUUGAAGAGGCUGUCCGAAGGAAAAGUAGCCGGAUCUGCAGGCAUCGCCCAGGUGGAGGGAUGAUUUCUAUCUCUUCUCCAAAGGAAGAAUUUAGGUUUAACUUCUUUUAGCCCCUACCUACCAGGAAUCCCUUAUUUCUACCUGAAAAGCUGCCACUACUAUCUCCAGCUCAUUCUGGGGUCUUAGGGUUUCAUCAGAAAAUUUUGGGAAAAUCAUCUAGUAGGUAUGAUCAGGAUGGCCCAGAUCUGUUUUUUAAGUAUGUGGUCAUUGUCACUGAAACUCCUGCUUGAGAUGUGGAGUCACCAUGACUCAGACCCCUUGUGGAAUAGACAUGUAGUUGCCAUGUUUUGUUGAAGUUUUUGAAGACAGAGUAAGUUAGUCUGUAUUGUUCCCUGGCUGGAGGGUGAAGAUGGAAGCAUUUGAAACUGCUUAAAACAGACUGGUUUGGCUUUUACUUCUUGGCUACCUUGGUGCCUCUAUUUCUUAGUAGGAGAAAAGAUUUUGUCCAGUAAAAUCCUCCUUCAGCUUUCUCAUGAGUAUUUCUCUGGGACUAUAGGAUGGGUCACAAGAAGGUACUUACAGAAUGGUUUUAGAAACCAGUUUGGGGAGGGCAGCUGGGUUGAGAGCCAGGCCUAGAGAUGGGAAGUUCUAGAUUAAAAUCUGGUCUCAGACACUUCC